AUAAGUACCGGUAUGCUCACCGAAACGUCACCAUAUUUCAGCAUUCAGUCCGGUGUGCUCCGCUUCCUCUUGACACGAGUGCGCCCGUUCGACGCGUCGUCUCGCACCACCACCGCCAUCCACCCCCGCGAGAUCACCAUCCCUUAAGAUUCCAUGGAUUCGGUAGUGCGACAGGUACUGUUAGCGCUAAUAGCGAGCAUCAGCCUUGUACACUGCGAGCCACCCCUCAGCAAUCAGUAUGGAGUACCAGGCAAUUUCGCAGGUGGAAGUCAUCAUGGCGGAGCGCAGGGUGGUGGGAACGGAUUCGGGGGCCAUUAUGAUGGGCACGAUAGUCAGGAUUACAUAGAUAAUGAGCCUAAGGCCUACGAGUUCGGCUACUCCGUCAAGGAUCAGGCUACUGGCAAUGACUUCGGCAGGCGAGAAACAAGCGACGGCGAAACCGUGCGCGGCGAAUAUAGGGUGCAGCUGCCGGACGGUAGAACGCAGAUCGUUACUUAUACCGCGGACUGGAGGACCGGUUUCCACGCCGACGUCAGGUACGAGGGCACCGCAGCCUAUCCGGACCAGUACAAUCAGCAGAACGGCGGCUACAACACCGGCCAAGGUUUCGGCUACCCAGGGAAUAACAUUGGCAGCGGUUACACUGGAGGUAAUCAAGGCGGCUACAACUAUCAGUCGAGCGGUGGGCAAUACAACAACGGCAACAACUACAACUACCAGUUCGGCUCCAACUCCAUAGAUACUUACAAUAAUUUCGGCGCAAGGAAUACUUAUUCGGGAACACCAUCACCCACAUACGGCCCCGCCUUCCAUUAAAAUACGUAGAAUAGUAUCAUAGGAUUACUGAUUCUGCACGAGAAUACCCGCUACCUUUUUUCAA